AUGGGUAUACUCAUGGAAACCGCCAAAGUGAAUUUGGUCACUGCCAGCUACCGAGGAAGUGGUGCCGAGUCACAAAUUUUCGCCGCAAUGGGAGCUCCGAACGAGGCGCUGUACAGAGAUACGUUGCAUACAAUAGCCAUAAAUACCAGGGAGACAGAAUUCGGAAACAUAGUUGAACCGAUCCCAAUUACACUUAAAACAUAUAAGCCGUUUCACACUCACGGGCAAUCGAUAGACGGAUUUGGUUAUCCACAGUCAGUGAUAUCGUCAGUUUCUUCAGUCGCUCGAUUGCCGGAAUGCGAUACACCUCCCACAAAUAGGAAUCAAAGUCCAGUGAAGGAAGAAGCAAAAGAUGAUCAAAAAGUGAGGCCUCCACCUAAAAAGAAGUGGAUCAAGGAGUAUCUAGAGGAGGAGCCGAAGUCGCCGGUUUCGGUGCGAGCGGUAACUGGAGUGUCGGUGUCGGUGACGCCGCGCAGCAACGGCGUGGUGCGGCCAACAACGCCGGUGUCGGUUGUGCCCCCCGCCACGCCUGCGCUUCCCGCGGCCCCCGCCGUGCCGCCCGACCCAGUGCCUGCACCCGCUGUGCCUCCCCCCGCGCCCCUCCUUGAUUUUGUACAAGAACAUUCCAGGCCGCGUACUACGAGCAUCAGUCAUGGGCCCGCUCAAGUCCCUUCGCCUCCUUCGGUGAGUAGCAGCGGCAGCGGCAGCAGCAGUAGCGCCCCGCGUGCUGGCACGCGAGAGGUGCACAACAAGCUCGAAAAGAACCGAAGGGCCCACCUCAAGGAGUGCUUCGAGUUGUUGAAGAGGCAGUUGCCUGCCACUCCCGAUGACAAGAAAACGUCGAAUCUGUCAAUUUUAGGCUCCGCCAUCCGCUACAUACAGGUACUUCGCCGCAAAGAACGCGAAUGUGAGCACGAAAUGGAAAGGCUGGCUCGCGAAAAGAUAGCGGCACAACAACGACUGGCCGCUUUGAGACGAGAAGUCUCUGUCCGAGCCACUGCCCGGCCAUGCAAUAUCGAUGGUAGUGAUGAGAAGGACGGCAGUGUGAACGGUCAAGUGCUAGGAAUACCCAUUAGUAUUACUUCAUCUCCACCACGAUCUAUGUCUCAAAUGGAGUCAUCACCCCCCCGCACCCUAAACUUGAGUACGAAGUUGCGCACGCUGCCGAUACAAAUAACACCUACUACUUCGCAGGUUGUAAGAACUUCGUACGGCGCGAGACAUAAUACCCUAACUCUAACCACCCUUGCGCCAGCUGAAUCUAAUACGCAGAAUGGCCAGACGGUUGAGAAUGGCGUUACCAACACUCUCAGCACAACAUUAGUGCAUCCUGCUCAAAUACAUCUGCCCAUCUCACAGGUGGUGGGUAGUGGCGGACUAGUGGUCGGUCCGGCAGCAUUACAGCUGUUGUCAGCCGGCGGUGGUCUGCGAGUGUUGCAAGCGCCCGCGGCUGUCCAUACUAACGGCGUUGUUACAACCGAAAACAACAGGAUACCAAAAGAGAAUGGUCUAGUGUCACCGCCGCCAGCUUCCUCAGAAGGUGGGAGCGUAGUGGUCAAUGGUUUAACGCCUAUCGUCAUGUCGCAGCCGGCUGCGCAUCUGUUACAGACGCACACGCUCACGCAUAAGAUGGUAGAAACCCAGAUGGUUAAAGGGAGCGUAGCUCCUCUGACAGUGAGUGCGCAAUAUUUAAGCGCGACUACUAUUGUAAAGCCGGUAGUUGUUGUAUCGAGCUCUCACUCGCCUUCUGCCCCUUCUACGUGA